AUUAAAGAAGUUGUAACCUAGAUUUAUAUGACGGCUCCUUGGAUCAUGCCCACUGAAGCCACCCGUUCCCUAAUUAUGGUCAUCAUUUUCAUCAGUAUGCCAGGAGACAAGAAUUACACUGAUGUCACCAUCCAUUGGUACCGCCAUGGUCUGAGGCUGCAUGACAACCCUGCCCUUCUGGAAGGGAUAAAGAAUUGUGGCGCGUUUUAUCCAGUUUACAUCCUGGAUGGAAAAGUUGCAGGAACAGAGACAGCUGGUUAUAACCGCUGGCGUUUCCUACUGGAGUCUCUAGAAGACCUGGACAGGUCUUUUAAAAAGCUGGGUGGUCAGUUGUAUGUUUUCAAGGGGGAUCCCGUCGAUAUCUUCAGGAAACUCUUCAGUGAGUGGAAUGUGACAAAGCUGACAUUUGAGCAGGAUCCGGAACCCAUCUGGCGAGAGAGAGAUGAGCUGGUGAAGAAUCUGUGUAUCCAGAGGAAAGUCACCUGUAUAGAGAUGGUCUCCCACACACUCUGGGACCCUAGGCUGAUAAGUAAGAAGAAUGGCGGUGUUCCCCCGGUUACUUACAUGCUCUUCAACCAAGUAGCCCGCUCUCUUGGGCCUCCCAGUCACCCCAUGCCUCUCCCGGACUUUCAAGGCAUAAGCCUCCCUGCCAAGGACAAUAAUGGAUUUCGUGUUCCAUCAUUGGAACAUUUAGGGAUCAAACCUGAAUGUGAUGAACAGAACAAGCGUGUGAACAAAUGGGAAGGAGGAGAGACUGUGGCACUCACCCUGUUUGAGACCAGGAGGAAGAUAGAGGAAAAGGCCUUUGAAGCAAACAAGGUACUUCCCAAUCAGAGCCAGGUAGAUCUGAUAGGCCCACCUGUCAGUAUGAGUGCUCACCUACGCUUUGGCUGCCUGUCUAUCCGCACACUCUACUGGGGCAUAGUGGACACCUACAAAAAGGUUAAAAGUGAAGAAGCACCCCUGUCUGCCACAGCUCAGUUAAUGUGGAGGGAAUACUUUUACACCAUGUCCCUGAACAACAUCAAGUACAACAAAGUGGAAGGAAACCCCAUCUGCUUAAAUGUGCCUUGGCAUACUGAUGAUGAGAAGCUCAACAGGUGGCUAUACGGUCAGACAGGUUUUCCAUGGAUUGAUGCGAUCAUGAACCAGCUACGCCAUGAGGGCUGGAUUCACCAGGUAGCUAGGCAUGCCACAGCCUGCUUUCUGACCCGCGGGGACCUCUGGCUGAGCUGGGAGAAGGGGCUUGAGGUAUUUUAUAAAUAUUUGCUGGAUGCUGAUUGGUCGGUGUGUGCUGGGAACUGGAUGUGGGUCGCAAGCUCUGCGUUUGAGGAUGUCCUCCAGUGUCCAAAGUGUUUCUGUCCAGUACGCUAUGGUAUCCGCAUGGACCCUAAAGGAGCCUAUAUCAGGCGCUAUGUUCCCGUACUGAAGGAGAUGCCCCUGAAGUACCUAUUCAGCCCAUGGACAGCCCCUCUAUUAGUGCAGGAAAACGCCCAGUGUAUUGUCGGCAAAGAUUACCCCAAACCUAUAGUGGACCAUUACAAGGCUGCCAAAGAAAACAAAAAGUACAUGGACGAGGUUAAAGAGCUCCUUAAAAGGGAAAAAGACAAGCCUCAUUGUGCACCUUGUAACCAGGCUGAAGUAGGACAGUUUGCCUUCCUUCCAGAGUACGAAGAUCCCCAGAUAAAGUGUCUUGCCAGCGAGACUUGCCACGCUCUUAAGAUUGACACCGACUAAACUGUUUGUCAGCCUUUUUUUGUUUUCAUUCUUGGUCGAGUUCAUAAAAAAGUGGGAAUCACUUGUCAUAACUUAAUGACACAGACAAUCAUCAUGGCUACCUAAUGUAAAUCUUCACAAAUAAUGGUUAGAAUACAAACACAUUUUGACAUUUAACACCUGGUGGCUACAGUUUAACAACUGUUAUGUUUAUUCAAUUAUAUUUAUUAUUAUUAUUUAUUUAUUCUUCUCCCAUGUAAAGGAAAAAUGCCUUGAACUAAAUCACUGGGUUUUUUUUCUUAAUGAUUUAAAAAUUUCUGUUUUGACCUGUAAAGAAUCAGCAUGAUGGAUUUAGUAAUCUCUAUAUUUGUCAUAAUUCAUUUCUGUAUUUGUAAUGGUUAUCAUAUAUAUAUGAAAGCUAAUAUGGUUGUCAAAUUAGUACAUGUACAGUGUAGCAGGUGAAAAUGAGUAUAUGCGGAUGUAAAAAAUAAAAUAUGUUUUUGGUGUAAUGUUUGAUAAGAUUGCUGUCCAUUCUUGAAGAGCUUUCACUCAUCCACACAUGGCUAAUUGUCUGCACAUUGUCAGAGGUCCUCUUAAUCCACAUCACCCAUUCUUACCUUCCUGUUCCUUUUGUGCUUUUACACAUUUUCACCAAUAACUAUGGUAGCAAAACGUAACUAUCUGUUAUGAAUGAAUGUGAUGUUAUAUGACAGUAAAACCAUCCCCACUCGUUUGGUCCGUGCAGGACCAGAUUAUGGUUGUUGUUUCUGAGUUAUGAAUAUGUAGAGCCUCGUCUGGAUAGAAAUGCUCACUGGAUAUACAUGUAAUCAUGAUGUACUUUGAUAGCCAGAUGAU